CCAACAUUGGCCAAACUGUACAGUUGUUGCACUCAAACCGGAUUAUGCAAUAGGGCGCGUAUCCAGUGGCUAGCCUGAGCCUGCUCACAAGCUAUUGAUUUGAGGCACCUGCUGGCUCUCCCUGUUAUCUACUUCCCGUACAUACUUCCUGCGGGACAAGUCUUCACAGUCGUUUUGGGAUCUCAAUACUUGCUCUCAAGAGAGCUGGGCUAUGAGUAAAUGGAGCGCUUCAUCUCCUAAGUGCCAUCGCCACCUUAGGAAAUAUCGAACGGCAUAGCACGAUACACAUUCAUUUGGCCGUCUCCGAACUGGGCCUGAAUUUGUCGCUGGGAUGAAUGGAAGCAUGGCUGAAGGUAUUUCUACCUCUCUCCAGACCUGUCCUCCAGACCCUCAUGGUCUUCAAGAUCUUGAGGGCCUUCCAUCUCCCCCAUCACUGCCUUCUCUGCACGUGAAUGAUCUGGGGCUUACACCUCCCCCUGGGUCCCAGCUGCAGCUUUCCACCAAGUCCUCCCAACAUGAAAAACGGAAACUGCCGACCAGAGAUGUGAACGCGACGUCAGAAACCCCAGCCGAUCCGCGACACGCCGCACAACCGCUCGGGAAUACCCACAAAGAUCACAACGACGAGAAGCAAGUGGAAGUCAAUGAUGCAUCCUCAGAAGAACAACCUCCGGCCGACAAGGUGGUCAAGUCCCGACAGUCGUGGGCAGAUACCGCGACCUCUUCUCCACAAUUAGAGAUAGACUUUUCGGCAUUUGACGAUUCCAAUAACGUCACAGAGGAGUUGUACGACACUCUCUUCGAUUCCGAACUUGUUCUGCAGGAGAUUGAUGCAGUCUUGCAGCGGAAGCGAAAUGGCGACGAGGCGUUCCCGGAAGAUUGUGUCUACUGGGACCAAUCUAGAAAAAGGCAAGCCACAGAGAUGUCCCAAUAUUCAACCACAGAGUCUCCGGAUAAAACACCCUCGUUAUUAUCACUAGAUUCUGGACAACCUGAACAAGGAGGCACGGGCCCUCAUACGCCAAGCGAUGUUGAGAAACGACAGUCCGAUGCCGUCUUCGACUCUAUAGACCUUCUAUUUGAAGACCAUUUGGGCGAUUUUUCAUUGGACAUCCCUGAUGGCGAGGUUUAUUCCAACUUUGACAUCCAGGGCGCGGGUAAUGGUGAAGGAGGCAAAGAAGACAUGUCAGCGAAUAUUAGUGUGUUUGACCAAUCCUUCGAUCUGCCCUCCGUCAGCGAGAUUACCAAGGAACGAUUCUCUCUUGAUGAUCAAGACAUCGUCGACAGCACAAACCGCGAAGCUCUGCAGCGAGCGUUUGCCGAGCCAGAGUACGUCUCGCCGUAUCCAGUUUAUGGGGGCCCAUUGGGAUAUAUGCCGUCAGCUCCGAAUAUCCAUGUCAGGUGCAUCGAAGUUUCGGAUGAUCGGACAAACUUGCGCCUUGCGACUCUGCGGAAUAAGGUACAGCAGCUGACGCUGGAGCGCAACAAGUAUAAACAGGAGUGGGCACUGGCGUCGGACCUGACGGCCAUGGAUCCGGCGACUGGUAAAACAAAACAACAGACACUACUUGAGCAGAAUGCCAUGCUGCGACGUGUGUGCUCCCGGCAUCAACAAAGAGUCGAGCAGUACAAGCAAGAGGCUAUCGAGUGGAAGAACAAGCUUCAUGAUCUCGGCACUAUCUACAACAAUCUACUAUAUGAGAUUCAAGUUCAGAAGCAAAUGCCUGCAGUUGCCCCGAUUCCAACUGGAUACAAACCUCCCCGGGCACGCCAGGCUAGCUCAAACGCAACCUCGUUACAACUGUCGACCUCACAGCCACAAUCCAUGACAACACCAAAUGCAUCUGCUGGGGAGCCUAUCACAAUCGACCUGACCGAAGAAACAGGCGAUGACGGGUCAGCUGCAGCGAAUCCAACCCCAGAAGAACAGGAAGAGCGUCAACGACGCGUGGAGAUGCUUCAGUCACUGCGGAACAAAAAGUACAGUUGGCUUGGUGAUGCGGACGGAGGCGUCGGCAAUCAAAACCUCCGCCUCAGUGUAACCCCAGCGCCUCGACAAGGAUCUCUAAAACCCGCGGGUGGGCCUCACGACUCCGAACGGAGCCGGAACGAUCACGUACCAAUAAGAGACAUCAGCGAGAUUGCGUCAGACGAUCGGGUGGAGGACAACGACGAUGACUUGGCUCGUAUGAUGGAGCAAGAGUUGGCUUCGCCGAGUGCCACGUGUAAGUCGUGUGAUUUUGAUGUACUUACGGCCCAGGUUGAGGAUAGUCCGAAGAAUGUUUCAAAAUGAUUGAGAUCCAUCUGAGAAGGGGUAGUUGUGCGGCUCUUUCGCUCUUA